CGACAGCUAGCAGGCUAAGUUGUAGUGGGUUUGUGGUUUCUGGGUGAGCAGAAGCAGCAAGACACCUGAGGAGGAGAAUGCUAUCUGGAAAAAAACAAAGAAGAAAAGCAGCAACAAAGGUGGAACUUCCCUGAGAGCAGAAGCAGAACUCUGAGGUUGCCUUGGCAAUGGCCCUCAGAGCAGCUACCUGCCAGCAGCAGCGGCCAGCAGCAACCACUGCUACAAAGGCAGUAGCUUCUAAGGCAGCAGCAGUAGCUCCAGGAAAGCAGUAACAUCCAUCAUCUCCAGGCGUUGACAUCGUUGGCUUUAGCACUGACAGAGCAGAAUCCAGAGAGCACGAGACCAGGAUCAGAAGAGCAGGUCCCUCUGUAUGAAGAAUUUAUUUACUGUUGUGGAGCAGCUACUCAGGUCUUAAAGUGUGGGCCCUGGAAAGACCUCUUGGAAACUGAAAAUAAAACUCUCCCCAGGCUCUUAUUUCUGAUUAUUCCAGGUGGCCCAUGAAGCAGAAGGAAAGAGGAAACUACCUGCUGUUAGAUCUGGCUGUGGAGGGAAUUCAGUUUUGGUGGAAUCAACAUCUUGCAUACAUAAGAAGUUUAAAAUGUAACCCAGGACUGGCAGGCUAUUACAGGACCUUCAUACGGGCAUUAUACCGUGGACUAAACGGGCAAUAUCCAGUUUGGGUUGUGAGCCAUGCUGGGCACUGCAAGCCCCCUAGUGGCAUGGGAAUGACAGAAGACACGGAUAUUAAAGAACUAGAGGAUGUCUUUGGACUUCACGGACAAAUUGAGCACAAGUUGGACUUCCUCAGAAAGAACGUGCCAAAAGAUAUGAAGCUUGUGCUGAUUGGUCAUUCAAUUGGUUGCUACAUCACCCUUGAAAUGAUGAAGCGGGCAUCAGAACUCCAGGUUCUUCGCUCUGUGCUGCUGUUUCCAACAAUAGAGCGCAUGGCUCAGUCCCCGCAAGGCAAGCUCCUGACACCUGUGCUGUGCAAGCUUCGGUACAUUCUGUACAUGCCAGUCUGCCUGCUGUCAUUUCUCCCGGAAAGAGUCAAAACUUCUAUGGUGCGGUUUGUGCUGCGAGGAUUGAAAUGUCCUGAUGAAGCUUCAAUAGUUACCUCCCUAAAUCUCUUCAGUGUGGAUUGUGUUGCAAAUGUCCUAUAUAUGGCAAGCCAAGAAAUGAUGAAGGUUGUGGAGAGAGACAGUACAACCAUAAAACAAAAUUUAAAGAAGCUGAUUUUUUAUUAUGGAGUUGCAGACAACUGGUGCCCACAACAGUAUUUUGAAGAGAUCAAGAUGGAUUUUCCGGAUGGGGACAUUCGGCUCUGUGAGAAGGGAAUCCGCCAUGCUUUUGUCCUAGAUGCCAGCAGAGAGAUGGCGGCCAUGAUUACAGACUGGGUACAAGACAUUCUGACCAGAUUAUAAACACUCAUUCAGUGAAUAAUGACAAGGAAAAAAACGUUACCUGUUGGUGAAUGUGUAAUUCUCUUUCAGAUUCUGACACUAAUUUUUCUGUGCAAUAUAGAUUAUGGCUUGUUUUCUACUGAGACAUCUUACAGAAGGAUAAAGUCCCACUGACUGGUCUAAAGUAUAGCUCCAUCAACACAAUAAUUUUGGAUCCCCAUGCUGUUCCAGCAGUGCUCUACAAGGCAUUUCAGGGAUUCUAUCAAAUAUAGAGCAGGACUUUGCAGAGUAUGAAAUAUUUAUCAGCUGAUAGCACUAUCCACAAAUUGGUAUGAGAACCACCAAAACCUCUCUCUGGACACAUGGCUGGUAAGUGCUAGAAGAGCUACAAAUUCAAAAUGAGAGCAGGAAAAGGACAGGCCCAAGGUCAGAAGUGUCAAAGUGGAAUGUCUCAAGUUAAAUACCUAAAUCUAUAUUCAUUCACUUACAUAAGUGGCGUGGUUCUCAGAGGUACUGCACACCCACUGCAGUCAAUGGGAACGGCAUGUGUUAAGCGUCUUUAAAAAAUCAAGCCACUUUUAUCAUGUCCCUAAAUAUAGAUUUAAGUCCCUAACUCUAGAGGGAUGCAAGAUUAAAACUUUUGACCCAAAUGCACAAGUUGAAUGAAUUCACAAUAAGAAAAUGGCCAACAUUUCUGUCACAACUGGAUGUGCAUAUGAAAUUUCAUGAACCAUUUUAAAACAUAUUGGGCCAAAUCCUCAGCUGGUGUAAAUAAGCAUAGCUUCAUCAGUUUGCACCAGCUGAGGAUCUGCUCCUUACUCUAAUACAUUACUAAUAAAUACACUUCAUCAUCAUCAUGCACACUCCUUCGUCCUUUUAUUUCACUUCAAUUUAGAUUGCAAACAGCGCAAAAAAAAAUCUAUCAUUUGAGAAAAUGACUCAAAGCUAAGAAUGAAAACUCUAUAGGCAUGGGAGCAGAAAUUGCCAAGAGAGACAAGUGGAAUCAGGAAUAACGUCCUGACAGUGAGAUUGUGAAAUAGUCUUCAAAGGAAAAGAUAUAAGCCCAAUCCCCAGAGACACUUAAAAAUAGAAAAAGCAUUUGAUAAUAUAGUGUAAGGAGCAAUCCUUUCCUGGCAGGGAGAUAGAUGACCUAAUAUGUCUUUUUCAUCUCUGACUUGUAUGAUCCAUUAAGAAUUUAAAUAAGGCACUAUGGGAGAUGAUAGAGAAAUCCUGUAUGAUGCAGGAGGUCAGACUGGAUAACCCAAGAAUUCUCUUCUUGCUAUUCCUUUAUAUGAUUACACACACGGUCAUUUCUGUUUAAGUUCCUUUGUUACUUUCUGGUAUUUAAAGGCAAACUGUAGCGGAAUCCAAUUUCCAGGUUUUUGUGGACUUGUCUUCAGAACUCCAGGAUUGUAUAACAGCUGGUACACCAAUGAAUUUAUGGAUGAUGUUUGUGGAUGAUGUUAAUGAAACAGAAGAUGAUGCUUAAGGUUGAAAUGUUAGGCAAUCUGUGGUGGCAUAAGAUGAAUGUGUGUGAGGCAAUUGUCCCAGACUGUUCUGUGAAACUAACCUGGUCGGGGUUAUUACAACUCAUAGAAGCUGCCUUCCCUCAGCAGGACCAUAGUGGCAAUAGAAUAUAUGUUGUUGCCUUAUAUGGUCAUAACAACUGCAACAACAAAAAUCACUGUGCCCAGUUUUGAAAUCUACAGUUAUGUGUGGUCAAACAGCCCCCAGAUGCUGAUAUGCAGUCAUUUUAGAUGUUCUUUCUCCUGCGGCUUCUGAACCAAUGUGCAGGGUGAAGCAUAUAUAUGUAUGUUAGCAACAAAUGUCAGCACUGAGUUCAGUAGAUUCUUCUGUAAUUACGUGUUGAUAUGAUUGAAUAAAAUGUUCAUUCCUUGCAAUAUAUUGAAUUGAAUAGCUGGGUAUGGAAUCAGUUUGUAAACAUUCAGCUGUGUUAAGUGGCCCUUCCAGAGGUAGAAAAUCUUGCCAUAAUAAGAGACUACAAGCAACCAUUGAAGCCUGGAAACUGAAACUCUUGUUCACAGUGUAUUAUUCAUAUACAGAAGAUGGGGAACUGACUUCACAAUACAUGAACUUCGUGUGUUCUUUUUAUAUUGUUCCUCUCUUGUGCCCUGUUAAAUGAUGAUAGUAAAUCCCACUGAAUGCACUGAGACCUAUCAUGUGGGUAGAGAUGGUCAGUAACUGCCAGAUCUGCUGCUAAAUAAUCCCUUAUGACUUUAUUAAAUCUGUUUGCUCUAAGGCUAA